AUGUCUUCAAUUCUUUCCAAAAUUGCACAAGGUCUCGAAGGAGAAAUCUUUGAGCUUGAUAGUGAUGGUUAUGAAGCUUCUUUGAAGUCUUAUUUCACUCUUCAGGAGGCACAGCUGAAACCAUCUUUUAUUAUCGCCCCUAAACAUGCUCAAGAUGUCGCCCAUGUUCUAAAGUCUCUAAGAACCAUAAAUUCUGCGACUGAUAUUGCUACAAAACUGGCUGUUAGAGGAGGCGGUCACAGCCCUUUUGCAGGCAGCGCUAAUAUUGACAAUGGUAUCACAAUUGACCUGCGAAAAAUUGACACCGUUGAAGUGAAUGAAAGCAAGGACAUUGUCUCAGUCGGAGGAGGUGCUAUCUGGGGUCAAGUAUAUGAUAAGCUUGAUGCGUUGGGCUUGUCUGUGGUUGGGGGUCAUGUCUAUGAUGUAGGGGUAGGAGGAUUUACUCUUGGAGGAGGCUUUUCUUCUUUUUCGCCAAGACAUGGCAUGUGUUGUGAUAUGGUUCAAAAUUUCGAGGUGGUUCUUGCAGAUGGUCAUAUCAUCAGUGCCAAUGCCAAUGCAAAUUCGGACCUCUGGAUUGCACUCAAGGGAGGAAGUAAUAACUUUGGAAUUGUAACUCGAUUUGAUAUGAGAACGUUUCCGCAAGGCAAACAAUGGGCUGGGAUAGUCGUAUAUCCAAUCUCCACCUUAGAUGAGAACUUCAGGGCACUCAAUAGUAUGCAAAACGAUUGGGACCCUUAUGCUUCGAUGAAACUGAGUAUCACAUUUUCACCUCAAACAAAAUUCACUAUUGCAUCAAACUUCGAAUACACCAAAGAAGAAAGUGAGCCAGCCGUAUUCAAACCUUUCAUGGACAUCAAGCCUCAAUACAGAAAUACAAUGAAGAUCUCGACCCUCGGUGAAACUGCCAGAGACAUCCAGAAAAUGCAAGCCAAAGGAACUCGUCAGAUCUUUGCUACUACAUCCUUCCGGUUUUCUGUCGCUCAUUUACAGAAAGUAUACACCCUCUUCAAAAGUGCGGCUACCUCUGUGGAGAAUAUCAAAGGUAUGCGAUGGACGCUGACAUACUGGCGUCUCCACGACUCAAUUACUGCCAAAUCGAGAGCAUCUGGAGGCAACUCAACAGGCCUUGAUACUUCGCAGGGCUCCAUUGUUCUGUGCAUAUUGACCUACUCGUGGGAAGAUAAAUCUGACGAUGAACGUAUGGAUGGAACGGCUAGAAGAUUUAUCGAAGAAGUUGACGAGUCCAGUAAGAGUGCAGGGUUGUUCAAUCGCUACAAGUAUGUGAAUUACUCGGCGGGCUAUCAGGAUCCAAUCAGUGGAUAUGGCGAUGAAAUGAAGAGUAAUUUGCAAGCAGUGAGCAAGAAGUAUGAUCCUGAGGGCUUUUUCCAGACUGGUGUCCCAGGUGGCUUCAAGAUAUUACGUUAG